AUGAGGGUAGUUGCUGGGAAAAGAAUGUCAAAGAAAAAGAAACCUCAUCCGCUUACUAUUAUAUCCCUCAAAAGAGCCAUUCUGGAUUCAUGUAUGCUUACUAAUAUUGCACCUGUUGGAGCAAAAGCAGAAAGGGUAAGGAAAAAAAAAUUGUAUGAAAUGAGCUUAAUCCUCAAUCUAAUAAUGCCUGCAAAGCGAUCGCAAGGCUUAAGUGCCGAUGGAUACUUCAAUUCUGGUAUAAUGAGUGCAGUUAACAUUACUAACGUCGCGGUGUUGGACAAUCCGGCGUCGUUUUUAAGCCCCUUCCAGUUCGAAAUCUCCUAUGAAUGUGUUACUGCUCUUAAAGACGAUUUGGAAUGGAAACUCAUUUAUGUUGGAUCUGCUGAGGAUGAAACUUAUGACCAACUACUAGAAAGUGUUCUUGUUGGGCCAGUCAAUGUGGGAAAUUAUCGUUUUGUUCUGCAGGCAGAUGCUCCAGAUCCUUCGAAGAUCCGUGAAGAAGAUAUAAUUGGAGUGACUGUACUUCUCUUGACCUGCUCUUAUAUGGGUCAAGAAUUUGUUCGGGUGGGCUACUAUGUCAACAAUGAUUAUGAUGCUGAGCAGCUGAGGGAAGAGCCUCCCCAAAAGAUCUUGAUUGAUAGGAUUCAAAGGAACAUAUUAACUGACAAACCAAGGGUAACCAAAUUUCCCAUUAAUUUUCACCCUGAAAACAAUGAAAGUGGAGACCAAGGCCCUCAACCUGAGAAUGCUAGUGAAGGAGAUGGACAUGAAGAACAACUGCCUUCACCCAAUAUUCAAUCAGACGAGGGUGAACCAUAA